AAAUAUUAACCGUGGUUAGGUAAGGUUCGUACAAAUUAGAACAGCAAAGACCAGAAGACACAGCAGAGAGCGUCAGAAGAAGAAGAAGUUGAAGCAACGAAGACGCGUGUGUGAAUAUAAUAACCACGCGCCCAAACUGGUUUUGAGCUCUGAACAAAUCUCUCUCUACUGUAAAGGCGAUUCUUUUAGUGAGAGAAAGUGGUUUUGUAGACGAAGAAGACGAAGAAGAAAAAGAAGAAGAAGAAGAAAGAUUGAGAGUUUUGUAACGGUUUUUUUUUGGAUUUGAGCGGUUUUCGAUCUUUGGUUUUUGGGUGAUCGUUCGUUACUAGGGUUUUUGAGAACUGGGAAUCGAAAAGUUUGGUUUUUGGGGAGUUUUGAGUCAUUAAUGGUGGUUAGAAGUUGUACGUGUAUAUAUUGAGAAAAGUAAGGUUUUUGAGCUUGUAUUGACUGUUGAGUUGACUUUGGUUUGGGUAUAGAGCUAUAUACAAUGAUGUCGAAUCGAGGAGUAGCAGGGUCGUUUUCGCAGCCUAAUGUUGCGGCUGAAGGUGAUGAUUUGUAUCCGGAGCUAUGGAAGGCUUGUGCUGGUCCACUUGUGGAUGUUCCUCAAAAUGGAGAGAGAGUUUUUUAUUUUCCUCAAGGGCAUAUGGAACAAUUAGAAGCAUCUACAAAUCAGGAGUUGAAUCAAAGGAUUCCACUGUUUAAUCUUCCUCCGAAGAUUCUUUGUCGUGUGCUUAAUGUUCAGCUAAUGGCAGAACAAGAAACAGAUGAGGUUUAUGCUCAAAUUACCUUAGUACCGGAAUCAAAUCAAAUGGAACCUACUAGCCCUGAUCCUUGCAUUCCUGAGCCUCAAAGACCAACAGCGCAUACAUUCUGCAAGGUCUUAACUGCAUCUGAUACCAGUACUCAUGGUGGCUUUUCGGUUUUAAGGAAACAUGCUACUGAGUGUCUUCCUCAACUGGAUAUGACACAGUCAACCCCAACACAGGAGUUGGUAGCCAAGGAUCUUCAUGGUUAUGAGUGGCGGUUUAAGCAUAUUUUCAGAGGUCAGCCAAGGAGGCACUUGCUUACAACAGGGUGGAGUACCUUUGUCACUUCUAAGAGAUUAGUUGCUGGAGAUUCCUUUGUAUUUCUAAGAGGGGAGAGUGGUGAGUUACGCGUUGGUGUGAGACGUCAUGCUCGGCAACCAAGUAGCAUGCCUUCAUCUGUUAUUUCAAGUCAGAGUAUGCAUUUAGGAGUGCUUGCUACUGCAUCUCAUGCUGUUUCAACCCAAACUCUCUUUGUUGUUUAUUACAAACCAAGGACAAGCCAGUUCAUUAUCAGCUUAAAUAAGUAUUUGGAGGCUGUAAACAAUAAGUAUGCUGUCGGUAUGAGAUUCAAGAUGAGGUUUGAGGGAGAAGAUUCCCCUGAAAGAAGGUUUUCGGGAACAAUAGUUGGCGUUGAUGAUAUAUGUCCUCAGUGGGUCGAUUCUAAUUGGCGUUCACUAAAGGUUCAGUGGGAUGAAGCUGCAUCGAUACAUAGACCUGAUAGAGUGUCGCCUUGGGAAAUAGAGCCUUCUGCACCCGGGAGUUUAGCUCAACCAGCACCUGUGGUUAAGAACAAGAGGCCUCGACCGAUUAACGAUAACAUGUCUCUUGAUACUUCAAAUUCUACCACAUCAGCAGUCUGGAAUUAUGGAAUGACUCAAUCCCACGAUACAACGCAACUAAGUGUAGCUCCUGAAGCCAACAAAAGAAAUGAAAAUCACUCCUUUUGGCGUCAUCGGCAGCAAGAUGGCUGGAUCUCCUCUCCCCAUCAAACUGGUUCUCAUAUUUUUCAGGACACAACCGAAGACAGUAAAAGUAUAUCGAUAAGCCCUUUAUUUUCAAAACAAAACAAUGACCAGACCUCUGAUCAAUGUGAUAAAGGGAGGAAAACCGAAACGAAUAGUAGUUUUAGAUUGUUCGGUGUUGAGGUGACUGAUCAUUCAACCAAUUCCUCAACCAUCACCGACGGGCUAGUUAGUACCGUUUUGGUUACUGACUCAGAGCAAAAAUCCGAACUUUCAAAGGCUUCUAAAGAAAUGAUAACUGAGCAAUUGCAAUCAUCAUCGAAAGAGUCCCAAACCAAACAGAGCUCCUCUACUUCAUCCAGGAGUCGUACCAAGGUUCAAAUGCAAGGCGUUGCUGUUGGUCGAGCAGUGGAUUUGUCCACGCUCGAAGGAUAUAGCCAGCUGAUAGAUGAACUCGAAGAGAUGUUUGACAUCAAGGGGCAAUUACGCCCUCGUAACAAGUGGGAAAUUGUCUUUACUGAUGAUGAAGGGGAUAUGAUGCUUCUUGGAGAUGAUCUAUGGCAGGAAUUCUGUGCUAUUGUAAGAAGAAUCUUUAUAUGUUCAAGCCAAGACGUGAAGAAGAUGAAAUCGGGGAGCAAACUUCCAAUGUUGUCUUCACUAGAAGGAGAAACGACAGUGAUAAGCUCGGAAUCAGCAGAAAAUUGACCUUUUUCUUUGUUUGGUAAGAGAUUAUGUUUCGUGUAAUUGUUUUUCGUUUGUGGAGAAGAAGAAGAAGAAGAAUAAGAGGGCGUUUCGGUAAUUUGAUUUGCUGGAUUUUUAGAGCUAACUUAGAAGAUUGACUUGGUUUUAAGAGUGAGUUGGGAGAAGAAGAAGUAGAUGAUGAUGAUGAUGGUAGGAUUAGAAAACUGUGUAUAUUUAAGAAAAUAUGGCUUUUGGUAAAAGGGCUGAAAUUUGAGGUUUGUUUGGUUGGUUGGUUGGUGGGGAGGUGUCUUUUUUUUUUUUUUAAUUUUAUUUUAAUUUUAAUGUAAAUAUUUUGGUGUUUCCAUAUUUUAGUGAAUGGGUUUUGUGCAA